UCUCUCUUCAUUCCUUUACCACUACCUUAAUAUUCUCUUUCAGGUACCUACACAGACAGGAGUCACGGUUGUUCUCUAAACUUCCCAGCAGCCCGUAGCUCCCUAAUCACUCUACAAAUUACAACCUACUAACCCACAAAACAUCCACCUCACCGAAGCUAAAAGCAAGAAAGCAGAGGGGAUUUCCUCGUCCACUGCAGGAGUGAACCGAACAACUGGAACCAAGCCCUAAGAACUAGACGCGAGAGAUCAAAAACUACUAGUUUUCUACGCUCGCACUAUCAAUAUUGGAUAUUGGAUAUUGGAUCAGCUUUAAAUAAUUUGCGAAUCAGACUCCUCAGCUAAUGAAUGAGUUUUUCUUGCGAAAUCGCUGCGGCGUUGAUAUUUAUCUAACUAACUACUAAAUAAUGCUGACUUAGGACACGUAACAGAAAAUUUGUUUAAAUACUUCAGAGCAAUAUGUUAGUUUUAAGCUCUUUUUCGAUGAUAUAACUAUGUCAGACGUAUUCUUGUAUAUUUAUGAUCUUUCUGGAGGUCUAGCUACCCUUCUGAGUUCCCAGCUGUUAGGGAGGCAAAUAGGUGGAAUAUGGCAUACUGCAGCUGUUUUAUAUGAUAAGGAGUUUUUCUUUUGUCAGUCUGGAAUUCAGUAUUGCAAGCCAUGUUCAACUUCUCUGGGGAAUCCACUGAAAAAAGAGUUUAUGGGAAGAACUAUACUGUCGGAAUCGGAAAUUUUCAAGUACUUGGAGCAGUUAUCGAAUACAUUAUUUAAACCAGGGGAUUAUUCCCUUUUUGAACACAACUGCAAUACAUUUAGUGACCAUUUCAUAUAUCAUUUAACUUCUACACAUAUUCCGUCAGAAAUACUAAAUUUACCAAAAGAAGUUUUGUCUACUCCAUUCGGAGCGUCUGUCGGUUCAGCUGUAAAUGCCUUAUCUGCUGGAAUAACUUCAGAAACAAAUAUGAGAAGUAUUAGGGAAACUAGACCUAAGACUAUCAAUCCACAUUCGUAUGAUUAUAUUGUAAAAUAUUUUCGGCCAAUUUUUUUCGAUGAACCUCUGUCUUCGGAACUGCUUCCUCACCGUGUAUACCUGAUAUGGCCAGCUGAUGAUAAUUCAAGUCUAGCUACUUUAGCUGCAGAUUUGUCGCAAGCACUUUCCAAGGAAAAUACUGAAAUACCUUGUGCUCAAGAGUGCUCAGCCUUAUUAGCUUUGGAUCAGUUAACUACAGGUGACCAAUGUCGAGCAGCUUGCGAAUUAUUUCGUUUAGCUAUAUGGAAAGAUCCGAAUAUAUUAAUGAAUCUGUUAACUGAUCCUAGAAGAUUUUUACACAAAUUGAGCACAGUUAAAAUUCCGUAUGUAAAACCUUAUGAGUUUUAUGAUAUUGAGACAUCACGUGCUAAAUUGCUGUGUAAUUGUCUUGGCUUGUCGUCCAAUUGGGGUAUUAUGAAUGAUUGUGAUAUAAGACUAGAUCUGAACACUAUCAUACAAACCAGCUUAACUCUACUAAAUCAUGAUAUUGAAAAUUAUUCAUCCCGAGCAAAAGGAACAAGGGCGUCAACCGUUGCACCAACUUUAUUACCAGAACAUAAGUUAGUUGGUUUAGCAUUAGCGCAUAAUGUUUCCCUAUAUCCUACGCUCAGCGAAAAUGAUGCUUUGGAAUUGGGAAGCUUUUUACUGCAUGUGGCUAGUACUGGUGAAGAAUCGUUUAAAUAUCCGAUGGAAGGAAUCUACUUAAUUCGUGCAAUCUACUUCUUGGUUGUAAGAUUCUCAUCAUUGGCAGCUUUAGCCAAAUGCUGCGAAAUAAGCAGCUUUCUUCAAGAGAUUAUGGAUGAAAGCACACGUUUAAACAGUUCAGCAGCAUCAUCAAGCUUAUCACUUAUUCAAAGUGAUCAUCGUCAUUAUCAACAACAACAAAAUUACUUUUCCCAUUUUUCACAGAAAGAUACAUUUCAGAGUCCUGGAAAAAUAGAAUGUGGUUUAGGCUCUGAUUCAUUGACAAGCGCUGACUAUCUAGUUGCUUCACGGCUUCUAGAUUUCUUGUCAAAUAAUCAUGAAUCAGAUGAUCCAACCAAAUGUAAAUAAUCGUUUCAAGUAGGAGUUAUAAUUAUUACUCGAACUUCAUACUGCAUAAUUGACUUAUCACCUGUUAUCUAUGAUAUUUCUUUUGUUCUUCGUGGCUUCUGUUUCCUCUUUUCAUAUUUGUUCAUUUCUUGUGUGUAUACCGGUUGUUAUUUUCAUGAAUUUAUCAGUUUCUAUCAACAUUAAUUGAAUUUACUUCAAUUUCUUCUGAGAUAUAAGAAAAGCCAAUUAUUGUUUACUUUUGAACUUAUGAUCACUUCAUCUAGAGCCUAAUUUACACAGCGUAUUUUAUGUUAUAUCGUAUCAUUGUCAGUUUAUUCAUCAAAUGUAGCUUCCGUUUUUAUGCCGUUUUGUUUGUUUUGAUGUUUCCAACCAACGGUAGUUAUUUAAACUAUUUGAUGAUAAUGGUAUUCAAUACAUUAUCUUUGCCAUGAAUUUAUGGAAUUCUACUUUGAUUAGAUUGCUAUUUUCAGUCUAAUAAGCGUAUAGAUUAGACAGUCAUCUGUGUGUAACACGGAAUGUUGCAGUUACAAUAAUAGUAACAAUAGCAAUGAGAAUAGUAAUUAUAAUAAUAAAUGUGAUUACUCUGUUGUG